AUGGGUAAAAGAAGAGGUGGUUCAUCCGAUGGUGGUAAUGCCAAGAAACGUUAUAAGAAACCCACUAAUGUUUUAUUAGAUCCUAAUACAUCUGGUAUAUAUGCUACUUGUAAUCGAAAUAAAGAAAAAGCAUGUAAACAAGAAUUAAUGUUAUAUUUACAAGAUAAAAUAGAGGAAUUAUACAAAGUCAGCGAGUUAGAAGAUGAAGAAGAUGAAGAUGAGCUGUCAGUAAAAGAAGAACUUUCUAUUGAAGAUAAACUUCAACAAGAACUUAAUGAGAUGAAAGAAUCUAGCAAAAAUAAAACAAAUUUAUUAACUCCAAUAGAUAUUGAUUGUGAAUGUUUAGUUUUCAUUAAAACUAAAAAACCAAUAGAUCCAGAAGAAUUAGUUGAAAAAGUAUGUGAAGAAAGUUAUGAAUCUACAGUUAAAAGAACAAGAUAUACUCAAAAGUUAUCACCAGUUAUGGAUUCAUGUAGUGCAUCAAAAGAAGAAUUACAAAAUUUAACUCGUCGAGUUUUAGCCAGACAUUUUCAUCAACUGGAAGAUCAAAAACCAAUUAAAUUUGCCAUUAAUAUUAAUAAAAGGAAUUUUAAUACUUUGAAUAAAGAUCAAAUGAUUAAAGCAAUUGCUGAAUGUGUUGGGAAUGAACAUGGACAUAAAGUUGAUUUGAAGGAUUAUGAUAAAUUAAUUCUUGUUGAAUGUUUUAAGAAUAAUAUUGGAAUGAGUGUUGUUAAUAAUUAUCAAAAAUAUAAUAAAUAUAAUUUACAACAAAUCUAUGAAAAGAAGGAAGUUUAA